AGAAGCAAGAUUUGGUCUGACUUCGCCGGAGCCGCAAAAUAGUUGUCAAAAUGGCGGGUGAAGGUUCUGCAAGUGUGAAUCCAAAUUGUGAAGUUGUUCGUGGACAAACGUUCGAAGUUGGUCCACGAUACACGAAUUUGUCGUACAUGGGUGAGGGUGCCUACGGAAUGGUCGUAUCUGCUUAUGAUAAUGUAACAAAAACAAAAGUAGCUAUUAAAAAAAUUUCACCCUUUGAACAUCAAACAUAUAGUCAGAGAACAUUAAGAGAAAUAAAAAUUUUGACUAGGUUUAAGCAUGAAAAUAUAAUAGAUAUAAGAGAUAUAUUAAGGGCACCUACUAUAGAACAAAUGAAAGAUGUAUAUAUUGUUCAAUGUCUAAUGGAAACUGAUCUCUAUAAACUUCUUAAAACACAGGCUAUUAGUAAUGAUCAUAUAUGUUAUUUUCUUUACCAAAUAUUAAGGGGAUUAAAGUAUAUUCACUCUGCAAAUGUAUUACAUAGAGACUUGAAACCAAGCAACUUGCUGUUAAAUACCACAUGUGACCUUAAAAUCUGUGAUUUUGGUUUAGCUAGAGUUGCUGAUCCAGAGCAUAAUCAUGCUGGUUUUCUUACUGAAUAUGUAGCAACAAGGUGGUAUAGAGCUCCAGAAAUAAUGCUUAAUUCCAAGGGCUAUACUAAGUCUAUAGAUAUUUGGUCAGUUGGCUGCAUUCUUGCAGAAAUGCUUUCCAGAAGAGCAAUAUUUCCUGGUAAACACUAUUUAGAUCAACUAAAUCAUAUAUUGGGAGUCCUUGGAUCACCAUCCCCUGAGGAUCUUGAAUGCAUUAUAAAUGAAAAAGCACGAAAUUAUCUUCAAUCAUUACCAUAUAAACCAAAGGUUCCAUGGACAAGUUUAUUUCCAAAUGCCGAUUUGCGAGCUUUAGAUUUGUUAGAUAAAAUGUUAACAUUUAAUCCUAACAAACGGAUUGUUGUAGAGGAUGCUUUAGCACAUCCUUAUUUAGAGCAAUAUUAUGAUCCUGCUGAUGAACCAGUUGCAGAAGAACCAUUUAAGUUUGACAUGGAAUUAGAUGAUCUUCCAAAAGAAGUAUUAAAACAAUAUAUCUUUGAAGAAACUAUAUUAUUCCAAAAGAAUCAUCAAGAAAACGCUAUGUAGUCUAUUGCUGCAGUGAAUUUGCAGAAUAACCAAAAAAGAAGCGAAAAUAUAAUAUCAGAGUAACGAAAGUGUACUUUUAUAGUUGUCUACGAUCAAAGCAAGAAAGAAAAAAAAAGAAAAAUAAAAUAAAAUAAAACGAAACUUUUACGAAGAUGUUUUAUCGGAGCAAGGCUUAAAGUUAAGCUACAAACAUAUACACAGGCGAGUUUGUGAAAAUGAACGAAUGGAGCGGUGAACGAGGUAAAGAAAUAAACCGCAGUGUCCGUGCAUAUACUUGUACAUUCGCAUGUCUUUACCGGAGAAAAAAGAAACAAAAAUACAGUGUCUUUUUUGUUACAAUUGAAUGCAUAAUAUUAAUUUGUACAAUAACUUUUAUUUAUCCCGAAUUAUAUAUAGGUAAUGCUAGUUGACGAUUUAUUGUUAAUCACCGUAUCAUACACAUUGUCUGUGAUUUAAUUGCCGAACGAGUGACGUGGUCGGUAUAACGUGCGAGAUAUUCUGAACCACGUAACACGGCGACCGAUAAAAUGAAUGUGCGUAGAGAGAAAAAGAGAGGGGAGAAUGAGAAUGAGAGCGAAUGAAAGAGAGAGUGCGAGAGAAUCUGAAACUGUGUGCUUAUUCUUAAUUAAUAUGUGCAUAUAUAUGAGCACACAUGCACACAGUAUAUAUAUUUUGAACAUUAAAUUCACAAAGUAUUUGCUGAUAAUUUCCUUAUUAAUAUUAUUAUUUUUAUUAUUCUUAAUAAUAAUAUUAUUAUUAUGUCAUUCUUAUAGUAGUUAUGUACCUUGCAGAAAUUCUGUUCUGCCUCUAUUGGAUUUAGCUUGUAGAUGAGCAAAAGAAAACGAAAGAAGAUAAAUGAAAUAAUGAGCGAAUGUAUGCACAUGUGAGAAAGAGCAAAUGGAAGAAUGAAAAAGUAAGAGAAAGCGAGAUGCUCAAAAACUGUUUAGUUCAUAGUUAAUUGCAUUUGAUGCAGCUUCCAGUUCUUCUAAACUGUUUAAUUACAUCUUGUUUCACGAUUUACAGGUAUUAUUACACUGAUACUGCCAUUCUUGUGCGAUGGAGUGUAUGAUGUCUGUAUGAUGCCUUUGAAUGUAAUUAUCUGUGAAUUUAUCUAUUUUUUACAUUUCCAAUCUUUUAUAUGUUAGAAUGUGUCUUUUGUUUUUCUUUUCUUUAUUUUCUUUAUUAUUAAUAAAUAUCUCGAGGAACGGUUGCUUGUCACUUAUAUUAAUUAUCUUUUUUUUUCUAUGCUUUUUUUGUAAUUUAAAAAAGCUAGUUGUAACCAUAUUGAUUUCUUCCUAGAGUCAACUUACUGAAUCUGAUUCAAACUCAUUAUAUGAGUUAAACCUCAUAAUAAUGUGAAUGCUCUUAUUUCGAUUCAUCUUUUUCGCUCUAAAUGUGGUGUAUAUUCGCAAACAUUUAUUUUAUAUAUUAUAAUAUAUAUCCGUAGUUAAUACAACACAUCUUUGGAAAGAAGUAUGUCGCGACGAAUAGUCAAAAUAAUAAUCAACUUACAUAUACAAAUGUCUCAUCGAAGAUGAAUAACAAGAACCUUAUUCGAUUGUGAUAAUAUAAGAAUGGAUUCGAAUGAUAUCGAAGUACGAGUAAAAUUUAAGCUAUUUAUAUAUAUUCAUCAUUCUUUUCCUUUUUCAAAAAUUAUAUUAAAAAAAGAAUUCUCUUUUUCUAUAAAAUAUAAGUAUUUCAUCGUUUUCCAAUGACAAUCUGAUGCUAUUUGAGGUGGCGAGAAUACAUUUAAAAUAUUUAAGAAGCAAAGCAAAAAGAAAAAAGAAACACUAUCCUUCAAAAUCAAAGUCUUGGCGUAUAAUUGAGAAAAUAAGUGAAACGAUAAAGUCUUAUUAAUAAAUACGAUAAAGAGAGAAAAUGUAAGUGAGAAUGAGACAUGAAAACGAUAGAAGAAGAAGAAUUACUAUAGCAGAAAUAUAGUAUGAACGAUUCGAUAUAAGCAUUUAUUUGCCUCAUUCGACUAUUAAAUCUCAUAUUCUUCGAUGCAUCUAAUAAAAUAAUUCUUCAUUAAUGAUAUUUAUCUAUAGUAUAUUAUAUAUUCACAAUAAUUUGCUUGAAAGAAACAUCGGUGUGUUUCUUUCCUCUCAGAUUACAAGUUAUUUGAGAGGAAAUAACGAAAACGAUUCGUUAUUUUCAAUUUCUAGCACCCUUUCACGAUUUUACUAUUUGAAAGAAAAAGACAAAGAGGAAAAAUAUUAUAUCCCAUGAGUGUUCUUUUCUAUUUCUCAGCAUAUUUUAUGCUUUACAGAGCAUUGAAGGAUUUAUUGGAUUAUCGAUUCAGCCUUGUAGCCGCUUAUAUCCGGAAUCUUGUAAAAAAUAACAAUUCAUAAGAGAAAAAUUUAGUAUAUUUUACAAUAUCAAAGGCAUAUUUGAGAAAUUUAAAAACAGAACUUCAAUAAUAUAUAAUUAGCUUUCAUCAUUUGAGAUUCUGAAUUUUCGUAAGGAUAUAAUAAUUUUUCAAAUUGAAAAUAAUAAUGAUUGAUUAGAAUUAUUGAUUAAGAAGAUAAAAAAAAAAAUUCUAUUUUUAUUCUAUUCUUUUAUGAUUAAAGAAGAAAUUUCUCUUGAAAAUUAGAGAAGAAAAUUCAUUUCAGAAGAAAAAUAUUAUAGAUCUAAUUAUUUUCUUAAAGAGAAGGUUUUAAUGCGACGUUUUUUUACGGUUUAUGUCCUUGUAAUUAUAACUAUAUCGUUGACGUCGUUGACGGAUAUUUAAACGAUGAUUUCAUCAAUGGAAAUUAGCAAUUAACCAAUAUGCGCAUUGCUUUUCAUACUGAAAAAAUUCCUCCAUGUGUUUCUUUUUUUCUGAGCAUAAGAAAUCUCGAAGAGAACACUCGCUCGUUGAAAUAUGUACGUGCACUAUUCUUAUUAAAUUCUCGAUGUGAAACGUUUCGGUUCAUGCUCACGACACGCCCGAUACUGGGAAUUUAUUUAAUUUUAUUUUACGAUGAAUUUACUAUCUUAUCAGAUUUAUCUAGAAUUCAUAAAAUUGUCAGUAUCUCUGCGUGUUUCGAAUACAAGUUUAUUUACAAGGAAGAAAGAUUUUAAAAAAUUGUGUAACAAGCUUUCAACUCUUGUUCACAUUUAUACGUUCUGCUUUUUCCUUAAUGACCCACUGAGUUGUGCAAUAAAUUUUGAAAUAAAUAAAGUAUACAUUUAUCGAUAUUUUUAAAAAUAAAUCGGUACGAAAUUUCUUAGAAAAAUUUACAAAAAAAAAAAUAAUAAUACUUCUUUGAAUUUUAUUAAUUCAUAAUUUCUUAUAAAAAUAUAAAUUAAAACUAAUUCAUAUAUAAAUAUAAUCUUUCCUUCCUCGUAUAUAUUUCAAUUUUGUCUUUGAAGCUUAAAUAAAAGUCCCUCGAGCAUUAUACAUGAAGCUGAUUUUUGAAACAGUUCGACGUUUACAUGUCCGAAUAUUUCUGCGUGUAUAGUUGCUAUGUGUCCGAAUUUCGUAACUUAAUCUAUGUAUAUAUUUAAGACAUUAAUUUAGAGUCUCAAAAGUAGUUGCGACUGUUGAAUGAUUAGUAAACCGUGAGAUGUUUGUCAAAUAAUUUUCACGAGCUGCCUCGAGAGACCGAGGGCACAUUAUAACGAGUCGGUUAACUGACCAUGACGAUAUCGGUGUUCCAAACUCGUUUACGCGUGAGAAUUGACUCAAAAAUGGAAAAACAAUAAAAAAAAAAAAAAAAAAAAAAAGAAAAAAAGAAAAAAAANCAAAAAAAAAAAAAUUUAUUAA